ACAGUACUAGGCCUAAGACCAGAAACCAGAGAACUGCAUUAUUUAAGGCCGCUGCAAAAGCUGCAAAUUAUCAGAAACCAGUUUGCAGUCCUCCGAGCAAGAUGAAGCUGCUGUGUGCUGUGGUCGUUCUAGCAGCCGUUGCUGCCAACGCUGAAGGACUCCCAGACUUCUGGGACACCAUCACCAGCCCUUUUACCUUCGUCAAGGAAGCGUUCCAAGGGGCUGGAGAUAUGGUCGGCGCCUACACCGACAUGAGAGAAGCCAACUGGAAGAACUCGGACAAGUACUUCCAUGCAAGAGGGAACUACGAUGCUGCCCAGAGGGGACCCGGAGGUACCUGGGCAGCUGAAGUUAUCAGCAAUGCAAGGGAGACAGUAGACCAAUGGCGCGGAGGAAACCCAGCGGACAGCGCUGCUGAUCAAGAGGCCAACAACUGGGGACGAAGUGGCGGAGAUCCUAAUGUGUACCGUCCUGAGGGACUUCCUUCACAGUACUGAAGGAGUGGCUUUGGGAGUCCUUGAAGAACUGUUUGUAAAGAACAGUUUAACUGACUGAUGGCAUUCACUGAUUUUCUCCAAAUCACAAGAUUACAAUCAUGCAGUAGAAAGUGGUACUAUAGAUUUUCUGUUACUUUUCAAGUGGAUUUUGCUGUUACCAUUAGCCUAUACUGACUAAUGUUUGCAUA